UACAACAUGGUUGGAUCCAAUGGUCACUUCCCAAUAAUGCAACAUAUCGAGUUGGAGAGAAAUUUCGAGCUUCUGUGCCAUUACACUUGGCAUCAAAAUUGAAUUAUUUGGUUGUGUGCCAAGAUGAAAUGGUUAUAGAAGCCGGUCGUGUUCGUGACGACGGCGAAAUAAUAUUUAAAACUACAGAUGCCAUGGUACCCUAUUGCGCACUGUACGUAUUUAGCGCAAGUGGAACGGUACAAAUAGAUAUGAUUCUGUUUUUUGUUGAACUAUCUUGCAAGAAUUCAUUAACAGUUUCCAAAACACUAGUUGGAGUAGGUGAUAAUUUGACGGUAACAAUAAAUGGUGGUUCCAAUGGUCUCGCCUUGUUAUCAGCGAUCGACAUACGAAUGCUUGAACUCAUGCAGAAAUAUUCAUCAUAUCCAAUAUCCAAAUACUGGAAUUUAUCAGUGAUGGAGCGCUCUUUACGAACAUUAUUUCUUGGCCUCAUUGAUUCCGAGAAUUUAAACAACGAAAUUAGUGGAACAUGUGAAGAAGCCGGUGUCCUCGCGUUACAACACUUGAAACGCUGUCCAAAUUUUAUGGAAUCGUCAUCAGCCAUUUCCAAUCUUUGCUUACGUUCUUUCAUUUUAGCAUGCGAACGCCUAACUGGCCAAACAACCACAAGCAAGGUAUGCGAUCGAAAAACUGGACAUGGUUGUGGUAUCGAUAGAGAUGGUAGUGCAGUGAAAUUGGCUUCUGCUCAAGCGCAUUUGAUAAGCAUAGGUUUCCUAAAACGCAAUCAAACAUCGCUGAAUUAUGCUACUCCUGCUUUAUUCCGAAAUAAAACAGAUUUGAGACCCGCAAUUCGACAAUAUUUUCCAGAAAUUUGGCUUUUCGAAGACUAUAAUCUCGGAGCCUCAGGUAGACUCAAUCUAACGAUUCGAGUGCCAGAUACGGUAACUCAAUGGUCUGUCCAGUCAUCAGCAUGGACACCAGGUGAUCUUGCAGUUUGUCACAGUGCUCCAUCGAUUAUAGCUACGCAAAAAAAACUCUACAUGACAGUCGAUCUUCCACAACAUGUUUACAUCAAUGAAUCCAUUACUGCACGAGUUUCAGUUUUUACUGAACAAAUAGAAAAGGACAUGACGCUUUCAAUAUGCAUGGCAAAAUUGGAUCGACAUGUAUGCGGUGAUGUAGGUGCACACGGUGAACGAGGUCAACCGGCCUAUACUCGAAUUCAUCUUACAACAACAUCUACCACUUCUUCUAGAAUAUUCACUCUAAGAUUUUUACGUCUUGGAGAAACAGAAAUUAUAUUCAAAUUGAAAGAGGAAAUAUCAUAUCCAGGAAAAUAUCAUUGUGAUGUAGGAAAGAUAUAUGAUGCUGUCAAGUUGAAAGUUAUCGUCGCUAAGAGGGCGGAAACGACGGAGCAUUUUAAACGAUUAGUAUUGAAUCCACAUAAACCGUUUAAUCUUUUAACACAUCCUGUUGAUAUGCAUUAUUUGGUAAUGGAGAAUGAAACAGAAAAUGGGAAGAAAAAUGUCAUUGAUUAUAAUGAAUAUCGAUCAGAACAGGAGCCGCAGAAAUUAUUUACUAAUAUCAGUAUCAAUUUACCCGAUGCUGAAUCGGUCUAUAGCAUUACGAUCGAUUUGUCCCAAUUCUUAUCAGAGACACUAGUAACGGACUCGAUCAUAAAAAAUGAAAUAAGUGCACGACCGAUUUAUCGCUGGAAAAGAAGUAUUUUGGGCUACGAAUCAUUCCUUACUGAUAUUAUCACUUCAUUCGCUCCAACAUUAUAUCAUUUAAAAUCAUUAAAUUCUCUUGAAAAAACCAUUUAUCGAAAAUUUGAAUCUUUAGACGAUACUAUUGGAUCAUUAAUAUCUGCGAUGUUGACAUUCUCCAGCUGUCGUGGUGCUACUUUUCGAUCUUGCGCUUUUUCCAAUUAUCGAAAGCCAAAACAGCCUCAGGAUGAAUCAUUUUUUUUGACAGCACUGUCUACAUCAUUGCUUUGUGAAGCUGCCGUUGAUGAGCGCAUUAUCUGUCCAUUGCUUAGUUAUCUCUUAAAUGAAAUGGUGACAAAUAUGGAUACUCAACCUGCGGUGGACUAUUUUCUCGAUCAUAUGGAUUUUACAUCAUUGGAAGAUAGAUAUUGGCUUGUUAAAGCAAUGGUAAAUCAGUUGGGUUCGGAUUGUUUUGCAUAUCAAUGUGCGCGUAAUGAUCGUGUUUGGAUUAGUUUGCGAAAGAGUUUCUUCAAUUUGCCAGAUCAUGCUGCAUUAGAUAUACGUACUGUUGCUGCAUUAGCAUUCAUGGCACCUCGAUCUGUAAGCAAUAUCAUGCGAAUUAAACUGUACGCUAUUGCCAAAGAUGGCAUACUUCCGUACUGGAAAAGUGAAGGAAUAUCAAAUACUGGCUCAUUGCUGGCAAAACAUCGAUCCAGUGAUCGUAUGAAACAUCGAAUUUUCAUGAGUGAUGAUUUACUGAUCAAUUCGCUGGGUUUGUUGGCAUUUAUAAGUCGUAGAGUGGACCCGAUGUUUCCAUUAAUUGAACUCGAUUUGUUGGCUGAUUGGAUCUAUGAACAGCUGAACGAAAAUGGGCAAACUCCGUCUCCAUUGGAUUCAUACUUUGCAAAUCGUGCAAUUUAUGAAUAUCGAAUGCAUAAAAGGGAUCAACAUGAUAGUAAUGGUGAUCGAGUAACAGUUAUCUGUAAACAAUGCAAACUGAUUGUGCACAAUGUAACGAGUGCACCGGCCGUUUUUUACUUGCCAGUAACAGUGCGUAAUAUAACAUUGGUAACGGAAGGAGACGCAAAAGUUCGAACAGGAAUCCGAGUUACAACUACAAAAAGAAUGCGAUUGCGCCGUGGUUUAGAGCAGAACGAUUUGUAUCCCACCAAAGUCACCGUGGAACAAUAUGUAGUUAGUCCGGAAAUCAUUCGACAAGAAGUUUGUUUAAAAAUUCUGACAUCACUGAUUGAAUCAUUGGAAGUAACGCAUGGUCUUUUUACCGGUUUCACUUCCGAAGACAGUUUGUUCCGGAUUCUCCAGAACACAACAGUACAUGGAGUACGUCUAUUGGAUAGUGUUGCAAUUAGCAAUUACGCUGUACACUUUGUCCUCACUGAUCUGAAACCGAGAAUUCCGCUUUGUUAUGAACUAGGGAUAAAGGAGCCAAGAAACACAUAUGAGCCAAAUCAAUUGGCUCCAGUUGCAGUUACUGUUCGGCAUCCUCUUUAUGAUAUAGCCGGUGAAGAGUUAGUUACUUAUACGGAAAGAUUCAAGCGGUCAUUGCUUGAAGAAACCAUCGAUAUGGUAUGUUGGGAUGGGAGUUGUUCAUGUGCUGAGGCCAGCUGUACAGUUCGGUGCUCACAAUGUCGAAGUAUUACAAAAGAGCAUUUGCAAUAUGAAUUAUGCUCAGAAAACAUGUUUGGAGCAACAGUGGAAGUAGAAAGCAGUCGGAUUGAAAACCUGAGUGAUUCGAGGUAUUUCAUUAUCGAAGUAUCACUAAAGCACUGGAAGCAAAACAAUGUGAAGACAGCACUGCAGAAACCUGAUCGAAUUGAGGUAUGGUUGAGAACAUGUAACACUCGUUGUGUGGAACCUAGAAUUGGAGAAGUUUACUAUUUUAGUGGCAAUAUUAAUGGAAUUGUGGUGGACUUUAAUACUAGGAUGCAUUACGUACUACGAGAUGACGAUCGAUGGGAGUUGGCCAGUGAAGAUUGUGGGCAUUUGUUUAGUUAUCUAAUUACCAGCGGACCAUGUUUUCCUUGA